CGCAUGCUAGUUUUGUUGGAAUCUGAAACUGGGAACGAUAGUUUGUUUAUGAAAAAUUUGCUUCUGUUGUUCUACAUUAAGUCAUGUUUGAACACAUGGAAAGUGUUAAAUUUAGUGAACUUUUAUGUCACAAUUCGGAAGUUCCUAUAUUAGAAAGUCCGAAUGGAUUAACAGUAGCAGUUGCUGCUCAAUAUCAGCUCCAUAUUUGGGAUGUUGAUUCCAAGAAAGUUAUACAAAGGUUCAAAUGUGAAAAUGUUAUUGAUUUUAUGCAAUGGUCUGCAAACUCUGAAUUAAUUUGUUGUGGAGCUCUGAAAGAAUCAAUACAGAUAUUUAAUCUAAAGAAUCCAUACUGGAUAUGUAAACUGAAUGAAGAGAGCUUGUCUGCUGACAAGGUGUACUGGGCUCCAGAUAGCUUUCACAUUCUUCUGAUUAGUGAAUUUAGUAUUAAACUUACAAUAUUUUCUCUAGCUUCUUCACUUGUUGCUGAAAUUGAUAACCUUAAGACUAUUGAAAAUGCUGCUUCAUUUUCUUCAUGCAAAAAGUAUCUGGCUGUUGCACAUAGAGUGAAUUUUGAAGAUCAUAUAGGAGUCUAUUCUUGUGAUUCUUGGGAAACAUUGAAGUUUUUCCCAGUUGAAACAAAGAACUUCGCUGGAUUUCGGUUUUCUCCUACUGAUUUAGUAAUUUGUGUCUUGGAAUCCUUAGAGACUAAAGUUUAUUUCUAUUCAAUUGAUGGAAGAUUACUUGGAAAAUAUUGUACAAACGCAUAUUUUGCUCCUAUCAUUAUUUCAUGGAAUCACUUUGGAAACUAUGUUGCUUUAGGUGAUUGCUUUGGCGAAGUGACAGUUUUGAAUUGUAUGAAUUUUGAAAAAAAGUCCUCCCACCAAUUGCCCGAAAUUAUUACAGAGGAAGAUAUUGCUGUGUACAAAACUUCUGUAAAGUGUAAUGGAGAUCCUGAAAAAUCCAUUUCAAGCUGGGAAAUAGAUGAAUUAGUGAAAAGCAGACCAUUUUCAGUUUCAUUGCCUAUGGUGAGUUCUGACAAACAGAAGGGGAAGCUUUUGAAAACUGGCAUUCAAAUACUUGAGUUCAGUACCUGUGGAAGAUAUAUUGCUUCUGUGAAUGGUAAUACUCCUAAAGUUCUGUGCAUAUACGAUUUGACAAAGUCUAAGGUGUGUGAUGUCUUUAUUCAAAAUCGUGACAUCAAAUGUGUGUCUUGGCAUCCAGAAAAAUCUUUUCUGAUAUUCUGCACUGGUUCCAGCACAUUACACAUGUGGACUCCUCACUGUUGCAUACAAUAUAUGGCACCAUUUAAAAGUGAUUUUUCUAUAACUAAUGUAACAUGGAGUAAGAAAAAAGAUUGCAUCAUUCUAAACAGUAAAGAUCAAGCUUCUAUUCUAUACUUGCCAUAAAAAGUCAUUUGAAGAUGUUGUAUAUUUUGUGUAAAAAUUUCUAAAACCGUGAUAUUUAUUAUGUUCUUGUUACCUUAACUUUUGUGCCUUAAGAUUUUUUCU